UCCGGCGGGGCAGCUCCUGUUGCUGCUCCAUCCCGCGGGGCUCCGCAGGGACAGCGCCUCCUGCCAGGGAAAUAUUCCCUGUCCUUUCGGCCAGCAGAGCUCCGGAACCCCAGUGCGGCUGGCAGUAGAGGGAGUAAAGACGUGAGGAAAUUGCAGAUGAUGGCUUCUGAUGCCAGUCACAUGCUGGAGGCAGCUCUGGAGCAGAUGGAUGAUAUCAUUGCAGGCACAAAGUCAGCCACAGAAUAUGCUAAUGGUGGUUAUGGCAUCGUGUCCCCUGCUCCAUCCGUGUACCUGGGCACCUUCCAAAUCUUGCACCUCCUGGAAGAUCUGAAGAUGGCCCUGGAGAUGCUGGAGGACCCCCAGGAGAAGGAGGCACUGAGGAACCAAAUCCCAGGGGCCACAGCAGUGUGUCUGAGGGAGUGGUUUGAGGAGAACCUGUCACAGGUGAACCAUCAUCCACCCAAUAAUGAAACUUAUCAGGAAAGGUUGGCACGAUUAGAAGGCGAUAAAGAGUCUCUCAUCCUGCAGGUGAGUGUUCUCACAGACCAGGUGGAAGCUCAAGGAGAGAAAAUCCGGGACUUAGAAAUCUGUCUUGAGGGGCAUCAGUUGAAGCUGAAUGCUACAGAAGAAAUGCUCCAACAGGAGCUGCUGAGUCGCACAUCUCUUGAGACCCAGAAGUUAGACCUGAUGGCUGAAGUUUCAGACCUGAAGAUUAAGCUGGUUGGAAUGGAAAAGGAGCAGAGUGAAUAUGAGGAGAAACAGAACAAAGCUGAGUCAGUUGUGAACCUGAUCAGUGACCUGCAGGAGCAGAUGUGUAGACUGCAGCUGGAAAUUAAUAGUAGGAUCCAAGAAAGGAAGUCUCAAGAUAGGAAAGCAGAGCUGACCCCCAAUGGUUCUCCCUGUGGUGCAGGAGCAGUAGAGCCUCUGGGCCAGAAGAAUUGCUCUCGUUGUGAAGGUUUGUUACAGGAGCUCAGACACCUGAAAAUUAAAGUGGAAGAACUGGAAAAUGAAAGAAAUCAGUAUGAGUGGAAAUUGAAAGCGACUAAAGCUGAGAUUGCGCAGCUGCAGGAGCAGCUGGCUCUCAAGGAUGCAGAGAUAGAGCGCUUGCAAAGUCAGCUCUCCAGGACCUCCUCCUACACUGAAGUGGCAGAAAGAGACCAAGAGGUUCAGCGGUUGAAGAUAGGAAUGGAGACGUUAUUGGCUGCAAAUGAGGAAAAGGACCGUCGGAUAGAGGAGCUGACACUUCUGCUAAGCCAGUACAGGAGGGUCAAGGACAUAAUGAUUGCAGCUCAUGGCUCUUCUGUCUCUGGUGCCAGUGAAGAGGAACUUGAGGCAACUUUAAGGAAGUGGAACCUUUUGAAUAAUUCUCCAGGAGAAUUCCUGAAAGCAGAGGCCUCUGCAGGAGAAUUGUCCCCAGCUGUUCUCCCUCCAGUGCCACACAAGGCCAUGGAAAUCAGUGGAAGCGUUCCAGCAUCUUCAAGCAAUUUAACCUCUCAACAGGAAGAAUCUUUGGAAAUCACAAAUAGGGCUCCACAGAAAAAAAAGUCAAGUAGUUUAGAAGACUUGCAGAGCGAAUCCUUGGAAAAGUAUGUAGAUGGAAAACCAGCACAGCCUGUUGUAGAACAAGAGCAGAGUAAGGCAGUGGGGAAGGGCAGCAAGUACCAAACUCUGCCAGGAAAGCUGCCCCGAGCGCUGCAGAACGGAGAGCAGGGCAUGUACGGCUCCCCAGAGGGAUGUGGCGCGACUGACAACGGUGACAGCGGCGUCCCCAGCCUGAAUCGCGUCAGGAGUGUCAGUGCGCCCGUGCUAGGAGAAACAGAGAACAUGGAUGGUACAGUGGUCUCAGAUGACCUUUCACCUCUCUCUUCGGGAACGGAUUCAGGUUCACAGUCUCCAUGGUCACCAGAAAACAGAAAGAGUCCAAAAGGGAUCAAGAAAAUCUGGGGAAAAAUACGAAGAACUCAGUCAGGUAACUUCCCUGCAGACGACCUGGGCCUGGCAGAGUUUCGGAGGGGAGGUCUCCGCGCCACGGCUGGACCUCGCUUAUCCCGAUCCAAGGACACCAAAGGCCAGAAGAGCGACCACAAUGCCCCGUUUGCUCAGUGGAGCACUGAGAGAGUUUGUAACUGGCUUGAGGACUUUGGCCUGGGCCAGUACGUGAUUUUUGCCCGGCAGUGGGUGACAUCAGGCCACACGCUGCUGACAGCCACACCUCAGGACAUGGAAAAGGAAAUGGGAAUAAAGCACCCACUGCACAGGAAGAAAUUGGUUUUGGCCGUUAAAGCCAUAAAUGCGAAACAAGAUGAGAAGUCUGCACAACUUGAUCAUAUCUGGGUGACACGGUGGCUUGAUGACAUUGGCUUACCUCAGUAUAAAGACCAGUUUCAUGAAUCCAGAGUAGAUGGGAGGAUGUUGCAGUACUUAACUGUGAAUGACCUUCUCUUCCUGAAAGUCACCAGUCAGCUGCACCACCUGAGCAUUAAAUGUGCCAUUCAUGUGCUGCACGUCAACAGCUUCAACCCCAACUGUCUACGCAGGAGGCCAGUGGAGGAGAACAUCUCUCCUUCUGACGUGGUGCAGUGGUCCAACCACAGGGUGAUGGAGUGGCUGCGGUCGGUGGAUCUGGCAGAGUACGCGCCCAACCUUCGAGGCAGCGGCGUGCACGGGGGCCUGAUCAUUCUCGAGCCUCGCUUCAACGGUGACACGCUGGCCAUGCUCCUGAAUAUCCCUCCCCAAAAGACCCUCCUGCGCCGCCACCUCACCACUAAUUUUAACGUGUUAAUUGGGCCAGAGGCACAGCAAGAGAAGAGGGAAAUCAUGGAGUCAGCAGCAUACACACCUCUCACCACCACUGCCAAAGUUCGGCCAAAGAAACUCGGAUUUUCGCAUUUUGGAAACUUACGGAAAAAGAAGUUUGACGAAUCAACAGACUACGUUUGUCCUAUGGAUACGAGCCCAGCUGCUACCAAUGGUACCUCGAAAAACUAUGGUGGCUACAAAGGCCUCAGUCCUUUCACUGACAGGGAACUGGAUCAGAUGGAACACUCAGAAGGCACAGUAAUGCAAAUAGGGGCUCUUUCCCAAGGCAUAACCCACCUCACGGUACGUACUCAUUCCUCUCUGCUUCAAGUCACCCCUGUGUUCUGCCAAAAUUCACUGAAAUUGGUCAUUGCUGGUGGUAAUGAAGAGUAAGUGGGUCUCUGCUCUUGUUAAAUAUCUCUUUAUAGCUUGGUGGGACAUGCAGUCAAAAAAAACCCACUGCUUUUAAAUUGCUCUAGAAAUUAAGCUUCACCUAGGCCUAAGUUUUCAUGAACUCUGCUGUCUCUUUGACAAAAUGACAGCUAUUCCCCCCUUAAAUAAAAACAAUUCUUCAAAGAUUUUGCAGGUAACCACCAGCUCAGUCACAGCAAAGGCUAGGAAUGAGGUACAGACUUUUGAAAAUUUACAGGAGCUGAAACUCUGUGGCAAACAUAAAACAAAACACCUGACUUUUGCUUCUUCGUUCCACUGAAGCUAAUUUAUUAAACGAUAAGUGUCUGGAAGACAUAAUGAAGAAUUAUAAAAUAUAGUUGAGUUGCAUGCCAGACACAAAAUCUCUAAGAAUUUCCUCAAGCAAAAAAAGCUUAUUUCAAGCUGAAGAAAUUCCCUUUGACUGUGUGUGGCUUUCACCCCCUGUGUUGUGAGGCUGGGUCUCUGGGAGCACAGGCCCCCUCACCAAACACCCUCAGUCCUUCCCAAUCUGCUCUUUCAGACACUGCUGAGCCAGGAUGAGCUGCUGAACGACAGCAGGUUUCUAACACCGACCUUUGAAGACUGGAGAUGAUGUCCCAGCAGGACGCAGAGCGCUACCCGAACCUCACGCCUGCAGGAGCAGCCAGGAGCGGCUGGGGGCCGUGCAGCAGGAGAGCUUUCCCUUUUCUUCCUCUGCCACCUCCCAUGUAGCAUUUCCUCACACAGUGCAGCCCCACCUUGCAGGUAACUCUCCUCUGUGCUGUUUUCCCACCUCAUGUAAUGGCAAACAGGGGCUGGGAGAGGAGUGGGACUCACAUCCAGAGUCUGGAAAGCCAAGACUGGCAAGGUUUUGUCCUUUUAUUCACUUGUCUGUUACGUGCUAUGUUGAUGUACUGUUACACGAAAAACCUUCUGUCAUUUUUUAUUUUUAUAAUUAACUUGGAGUGCAGGAAUCAUUAAUACAUAAUUGUACCUUGGGGGCAGAUCAGAGGUAGCUGGAAUUCAGCCGGGUGCUGGUGAGAGCAGCAGCAAUGGCUCACUCACCACUCCUGUGGCCUUGCCAGACUCAGAAAGGAUUUCAAUCCUGCAGGUCCCCAGAAAGGAUUUCAAUCUCCCCUCCCUUUCAUUGUCCUGCCCUCUUUUUAUCCAAGCCAGGGCACUGUAGGGUGGGAAGAAUGGAACAUAAUACUGUCCAUCAAGCCCUUGUUUUUAUUAGGAUGACAAGCUGCCAUGUUCACAAAUCCUUACCUAAGGCAAGAACAACUGCAGCAGGAAAUUGUAACCACGAAAAGUACCAGAAUAAAAGAUGUACUUCUGUAAAACACCUGACAAAAUAAAUCUGCUGCUGUUGUACUGGGCUAGACAGGACUGCAUCAGAGAGAAGUAUUGAGGGGCUGAGGUUGAAGCUGCCACUUUUACAGCAGCAGUUACUUGUGAUAUCUGUUUACAUGUACAUCUCCUGUACUAAUGAGCUAUUAACAAGCUCAGUAAACAGAUAAAUGCCAGAAAACAGUCUCCUUAAUUGUAAGGAAAAGUACUUUGUACAGGGCUGGUUUGCAUUACUGUCUCCUUGCUGGCUGCAGGUGUUGUUUUAGAUUCUAAUAUAGCCUCAGGGCAGGUCACUGCCAACCCCCCCAAAUUAAGAGGGAAAUUCCACAGGAUGCAGCAAGGGCUCUUUGAGAACUAGCUGGGGUGUUUUUUACAGGUGAUCUAUCCUGGUCCUCACUUCACCAGUGUCUCCUGACAGACCUU